AUGCCGCAACCUCUGAAUUCGAAAGAGGCUUCCCUCUUUCGAGCCGUCAUCCGCGCCUAUGAGGACAAGCAGUACAAGCGCGGUCUCAAGUCCGCAGACUUGAUCCUCAAGAAGAACCCCAAGCAUGGCGACACCAUGGCUAUGAAGGCCCUGAUCAUGAACGCUCAGGGUAAGACCGACGAGGCCUUUGCGCUCGGCAAGGAGGCCCUGACGGUCGACAUGAAAUCGCACAUCUGCUGGCACGUCUACGGUCUGCUGUAUCGCGCGAACAAGAACUUCGAGGAGGCCAUCAAGGCCUACAAGUUUGCCCUCAGGCUCGAGCCCGAGUCCGCCCAGAUUCAGCGCGACCUGGCCAUCCUCCAGGUCCAGAUGCGCGAUUAUGCCGGCUACAUCCAAAGCCGCACUGCCAUGCUUCAGGCGCGUCCCCAGCUGCGCCAGAGCUGGACUGCCCUGGCCAUCGCUCACCAUCUCGCAGGUGACCUGUCCGCUGCCGAGAACGUUCUGACCACCUACGAAGGCACUCUGAAGGCCACGCCCUCCCGCACCGACUACGAGAACUCCGAGGCCGUCAUGUACAAGAACACCAUUAUUGCUGAGCAGGGCGACUACCAAAGAGCUCUCGAUCACCUCGAGUCUGCCGCCAAGCAGAACCUCGACAGGUUGGAGUACUUGGAGCUGCGUGCCAAGUACCUGCUCAACCUGGGCAAGAAGGAGGAAGCUAUCGCCGCUUGGAAAGCCCUUAUUGAGCGGAACGCCGACCGCCCCGCCUACUUUGAGGGAUUGGAGAGCGCCCACGCAUUCUCCGACGGCGACAAGGACGCCAGGAAGGAAAUUUACGACACAUACGCCAAACAGUUCCCUCGCUCAGAUGCCCCUCGCCGCCUGCCCCUGAACUUCCUCUCUGGUGACGAAUUCCGUUCUGCUGCGAAGGACUAUCUUACGUUGAUGUUCAACAAGGGUGUUCCUUCGACUUUUGCCAACUUGAAGCACCUCUACGCCGACUCGUCCAAGAAGGAGGCAUUGGAGGCUCUCGCCAAGGAAUACGUUCAGUCCCAAAGCUCGAGCACGGCAUCUACAAACGGCGACCAGACCAAGGGCGAGGCUGCCGCUCUCUACUUCCUGGCGCAACACUACAACUACCACCUGAGCCGCGAUCUUGACCAGGCGCACAAGUACAUCGACCAGGCGAUCGAGAAGGUCAAGGACAGCGUCGACUUCCACAUGACCAAGGCCAGGAUAUACAAGCACCAGGGCGAACUGCAGAAGGCGUCUGAGACCAUGGACCAAGCCCGUUCUUUGGACACCAGGGACCGUUACAUCAACACCAAAGCGGCCAAGUACCAGCUACGCAACAAUGAGAGGGAUCAGGCGCUCAAGACCAUGAGCCUGUUCACCAGGGCUGACACCGUUGGCGGACCUCUGGCGGAUCUCUUGGAUAUGCAGUGUGUCUGGUACUUGACGGAGGACGGAGAGGCUGCUGCCAGGUUAGGCGACGACGCGCUGGCUCUGAAGCGAUUCCACACCGUUCACACCAUUUUCGACGUGUGGCAAGAAGACCAGUUCGACUUCCACAGCUUUUCUCUCCGCAAGGGCCAGAUCCGGGCUUACGUUGAUAUGGUGCGGUGGGAAGACCACCUGCGGGACCACCCCUUCUACUCAAGAGCAGCCCUCGAUGCUGUUCAGUUGUACCUCAAGCGGGCUGACCGCCCCGCGACAAACGGAGCCAACGGUGCCGCGAACGGCGACGACGCCUCCGAAAGGAAGAAGGCUGCGAAGAAGGCCAAGAGGGAGCAACAGCGUCUGGAGCGCGAGGCGGCUGAGCGCGCAGCGAAGCAGGACCCGAACAAGGGCAAGGCGACCGAUGAGCCCAAGAAGAAGGACGACGACCCGCUCGGCCUGAAGCUGUUGGAAGCUGAGCCUCUCGGCGCCGCCAUGCGCUUCGUCGUUCCUCUCCUGCAGUACAGCCCCAAGAACAUCGAGGCCCAGUUUGCCGGUUUCGAUGUCUACCUGCGCCGGAAGAAGUACGUUCUGGCCCUCGCUUGCCUCAACGCUGCCCGCGCCUUGGACGACUCCAACCCCGGCGUGCAACAGCGCGCGGCUGAAUUCGCCAAGAUCCAAUCCAGUCUGGACAGCUUGCCAGCCAAGGUGCAGGAGGUCGUCAAGGCCGCCGCGUAG